GAACCGACAUGUGUUGAAGAACCCAAGUCCGCCUGUCCCAACCCAUGGUUCACUUAACCUUAACCAUGGCUCGUGGUUUGAAAGUUUGACCCCAAGUCAACCGGAUCCCAUGGAUAACUACAAAUGUCACUCCCAUCACGCCAGCCGUACCACCAACUUUUCAACACUCUUGUACCUUCCCUUCAUUUCAUUUCUUUCUUUUUUUUUUUUUUUCAACUUUCACUCCAAUCUGCCUUUUUAAUAUUCUUCAACUUUCAAUCCAAUCUCCAGUAAAACAUGGGUACAUAUCUCAGUACUCCUAAAACAGAUAAGCAGUCUGAAGAUGGUGAGAAUGAGAGGGUUCGAUACGGUUUAUCGUCGAUGCAAGGCUGGCGUGCAACCAUGGAAGAUUCUCAUGCUGCAGUUCCUGAUCUUGACUCCACUACAUCUUUCUUUGGUGUAUAUGAUGGCCAUGGAGGUAAAGUUGUUGCUAAAUUUUGUGCGAAGUAUCUUCAUCGACAAGUGGUCAAGCAUGAAGCAUAUUCUAGUGGUGAUAUUGAAACUUCUGUACAAAAGUCGUUUACAAGAAUGGACGAAAUGAUGCGUGGACAAAGGGGAUGGAGGGAGUUAUCUAUUUUAGGAGAUAAAUUCAACAAGUUGACAGGCGUGAUUGAGGGUCUCAUUUGGUCUCCAAGAGGUGAAGCAAGUAAUAAGGUUGAUGACUGGGCUUUUGAGGAGGGGCCUCAUUCCGAUUUCGCAGGACCGACAUCUGGAUGUACAGCAUGCGUUGCAAUCAUGAGGAACAAUCAACUCAUUGUUGCAAAUGCUGGCGAUUCUCGUUGUGUAAUUUCUAGAAAGGGAGAGGCAUACAAUCUUUCUAGAGAUCACAAGCCCGGGCUCGAGGUUGAGAGGGAUAGGAUAUUGAAAGCCGGUGGAUUCAUUCAUGCAGGACGAGUUAAUGGCAGUCUCAAUCUUACAAGAGCUAUUGGUGACAUGGAAUUUAAACAGAACAAGUUUUUGUCACCUGAAAAACAGAUGGUAACAGCUAAUCCUGAUGUCAACACUCUUGAGCUAUGUGAGGAUGAUGAGUUUAUUGUGCUGGCAUGUGAUGGUAUCUGGGAUUGCAUGUCAAGCCAAGAGUUGGUGGAUUUUAUCCAUGAGCAAUUGAUAUCAGAAAAUAAACUUUCAACCAUAUGUGAGAAAGUGUUUGAUAGAUGUUUGGCACCAUCAACAUCUAUGGGAGAGGGAUGUGACAACAUGACGAUGAUCUUGGUGCAGUUCAAGAAGCCAAUCCGCCCGCUUACUUCUACUACAGAAGAAGUAGAUGAUCAACUAAAAACUGCUUCUAAUGAAUCAAGCUAAUCGAUGGUAAAAAAUUUAGAGUGUUUGUUGUACCUAUACAUAGUACAUAUUGCCAGAAAACUAUUCCGACUUUGUAACUGUUUUGUGUCAAUAUUUUCCAACUUGGAUUUCAAUGUGAUUGGAAAGAAAAGUCGUUUUUUGCAACGAUGAUUGUUUAGAAGUCAUGGUGUUUGUAACGUAUUAAAUUUUGAUAAGGUUAAGGCUUUUUUGUUUU